GAACGCCGAGGGGCGGGGCCAACAAAGCGCGCGUUCCGAGAGGGGGCGGAGCCUGGUUAAAGAUGCUGCGUCACAUCCGGGAGAGUUAGAGCCCGUGUGGAGGCGGUGCGGAGCAGUCCGGUUCCCAGCGGCUUGGAAACUAGUUCGUUCUGGCAGGCUGCGGCGAGGCCUCUAUAAAGAAGGAGCAAGAGGUUGACAGCUUCGAGUGAAGCACAUCGAGCUGAGCGGCGGCAGCAGCUAGGAGUCAUGAGCGACAGCGGCGAGCAGAACUACGGCGAGCGGGAAUCCCGUUCUGCUUCCAGAAGUGGAAGUGCUCAUGGAUCUGGGAAAUCUGCAAGGCAUACCCCUGCAAGGUCUCGCUCCAAGGAAGAUUCCAGGCGUUCCAGAUCAAAGUCCAGGUCCAGAUCUGAAUCUAGGUCUAGAUCCAGAAGAAGUUCUCGAAGGCAUUAUACAAGGUCACGAUCUCGGUCUCGCUCCCAUAGAAGAUCCCGUAGCAGGUCUUACAGUCGAGAUUAUCGAAGACGUCAUAGCCACAGUCAUUCUCCCAUGUCUACUCGCAGACGUCAUGUUGGGAAUCGGGCAAAUCCUGAUCCCAACUGUUGUCUUGGAGUGUUUGGACUGAGCUUGUACACUACAGAAAGAGAUCUAAGAGAAGUAUUCUCCAAAUAUGGCCCCAUUGCUGAUGUGUCUAUUGUAUACGACCAGCAGUCUAGACGUUCAAGAGGAUUUGCCUUUGUAUAUUUUGAAAAUGUAGAUGAUGCCAAGGAAGCAAAGGAGCGUGCCAAUGGAAUGGAACUUGAUGGACGGAGAAUCAGAGUUGAUUUCUCUAUAACAAAAAGACCACAUACCCCAACACCAGGAAUUUACAUGGGGAGACCUACCUAUGGCAGCUCACGCCGCCGUGAUUACUACGACAGAGGAUACGAUCGAGGCUAUGAUGAUCGGGACUACUAUAGCAGAUCAUACAGAGGCGGAGGAGGAGGAGGCGGAGGAUGGAGAGCUGCUCAAGACAGGGAUCAGAUUUACAGAAGGCGGUCACCUUCUCCUUACUAUAGUCGUGGAGGAUAUAGAUCACGUUCCAGAUCUCGAUCAUACUCACCUCGUCGCUAUUAAAGCAUGAAGCUGAAGACUUUCUGAAACCUGCCCUAGUUUGGAUAUUGUUUGUGGACAAUAUUUUUAUUGUCUCCUGUUUAAAAAGUGAACAGUGCCUAGUGAAGUUAGGUGACUUUUACACCUUUUAUGAUGACUACUUUUGGUGGAGUUGAAAUGCUGUUUUCAUUCUGCAUUUGUGUAGUUUGGUGCUUUGUUCAAAGUUAAGUGUUUUCAGAAAAGUAUGUUUUGCAUGUAUUUUUUUACAGUCUAAAUUUUGACUGCUGAGAAGUUUUUAUUGUACAAAACUUCAUUUAAAAGGUUUUUCUACUGAAUCCAGGGUAUUCUGAAGAUCGAAGCCUGUGUGUAAAAUGCUACCAAAUGGCAAAGAGCAACAAUAAAGUUUGAUUUUUACUUUUCUUUCUAACAUCAGUGCUUAGCAGAACUGUUCAGAUUAGGUUGUCAGUAGUAAAUUUGAAGACAAAAAAUGCCCAUUUUCCUUCAGUCCAUGGAACAUACCAUACUUAAUAUACCUGCAGCUAAGUGUUAAAAAUUAUGCUCUGUAACUCAGUACUGCUAGUAUUAGAACUAACAAUACAGCAAAUGCUUAAUGCUUAUAUUAAUGUGGAUUUGUCAGCCUUUAUGUAAUCUGUAUUAUAUAUAGCAGGGAGUAAGAAAAGAGUUACACAAUGUAUGGUUUUAAAAGGCUAUUAAAGCUGUUAUAAGGGGAUAAUGGUAUUUCAACUGGUUAUCAGCAAGUGACAAUACAUUCCACCACAAAUGUACUCUUCAUUCUAGCUUUUAGACUAUAUGGAAAAAACUGGGUGCUUUGGAGCUUGGGAAAAGAGAAGGGAACACUACUGUGUUGUGGAUGAACUGAAGACUGCCUGUUCAUUUUUUAAAUAUUAUUUCCGGUCCUUUGCUUACCAGAGGAGGCCCAAUUUCACUCAAAUGUUCUGAGAACUGUGUUAAAUAAAUGCAAAUGAAAAGUAAAAGGCUGGUACAACUCA